AUGACAGUGGAUGCACAGCAAGCGGCAUAUACCCUUGUUUUUGACCCAUUAAAGGAUGCUGGUUCUUGGACAGUGCCAGAGUUUCAAAAAGCAUUGGAAAAGGGUUCAGAUGAGGAAAAAGUUGCUGCAAUGAAGCAGAUUCUGGUUGUAAUGCUUGAAGGAAAUCCAUUACCGGAGCUGUUAAUGCAUAUUAUUCGAUUUGUGAUGCCUUCGAAGAACAAGAAACUUAAGAAAUUGCUGUACUUUUACUGGGAAAUUGUUCCCAAGUUGGAUAAUGAUGGCAAAUUGAGGCACGAGAUGAUUCUUGUCUGCAAUGCGAUUCAGCAUGAUUUGCAACAUCCGAACGAGUAUAUCAGAGGUAACACUCUGAGAUUCUUGACGAAGCUCAAGGAAUCAGAGUUGUUGGAACAGAUGGUGCCAUCUGUUCUGGCAUGUUUAGAUUACCGCCACGCCUAUGUGCGCAAGUAUGCGAUUUUGGCAGUUUUGUCAAUCUACGAGGUUAGCGACCACCUAAUCUCUGAUGCAAAAGAGUUGAUCAACACAUUCUUGAUCGCUGAGACCGAUCCUAUCUGUAAGAGGAACGCUUUUGUUGGACUCGCCAAGCUUGACCGUGAGGCAGCUUUGAACUACCUAGAGGAAAAUAUAACCUCCGUUGAAACUCUUGAUCCACUUUUGCAAGCGGUCUUUGUGCAGUUCAUUAGGAAAGACGCUACUGCUGAGCCAUCUUUGAAGCCCCAAUACAUUGAUUUGUUGGUUGAUAUACUAAGUUCUGCUUCCUCAAGUGAGGUUAUCUUUGAGACCGCUUUAGCAUUGACUGCUCUAUCCUCAGAUCCAUCCAUUCUGGCUAAUGCAGCUUCGAAGCUAAUCGACUUGGCCGUAAAGGUGUUUGAUAAUAACGUGAAGUUGAUUGUUUUGGAUAGAAUCCAAGAUAUCAAUGAGAAGACCCCCGGCUCAUUGGAGGAUUUGACUCUAGAAAUAUUGCGCGUGUUAAAUGCAGAGGAUAUGGAUGUCCGGUCGAAGGCAUUAGACAUCUCUAUGGAGCUUGUUACCUCCAGAAACGUCGACAAUGUUGUUAAAUUACUCAAGAAAGAGCUGCAGAACACCGUCAGCCACAGUGAGAAAGAAAAAUCAAUGGAAUAUAGACAAUUGCUCAUCAAAACCAUUCACAGUAUUGCCAUCAAGUUUGUUGAAGUUGCAGCAAACGUCGUAUCUUUGCUCCUAAGCUUCAUUCCUGAUUUGAGCUCUGCCGCUGCUAGCGGAGUUAUAUCGUUCAUCAAGGAAGUCAUAGAAAAGUAUCCCCACUUGAGACGAGACAUUUUGGAGAGAUUGCUAAACGUAAUGGAUAGCAUUAAAUCUGCCAAAGCCUAUCGUGGUGCCUUGUGGAUUCUUGGUGAAUAUGCUGAGGAUGCUCAAGAAAUUCAAAAAUGCUGGAAGCACAUCCGCGCUAGCGUCGGAGAAGUUCCUAUUCUUCAAACUGAGUUGAAAAAAAUGGCACGUAAUAGCGACGAUGAUCAUGAUGAUAAUGAUGAUGAAAAAGCAGAAAAGAAGGCAAGCAAGCGCUCGGGACCAGUUAUUUUGCCAGAUGGUACCUAUGGUAGUGAAAGUGCAUUCGAUUCUGUUGAGAAAAGUACUGAUGAGGAAAUUGAUUCAAGGCCACCGAUGCGUCGCUUCAUCCUAAAUGGAGAUUUCUAUACUGCUUCAAUUUUGGCAAGUACUAUCAUCAAGCUAGUUCUCAGAUUUGAAAAAGAUCGUAAAGGGGAUACUAUUUUAAAUGCUAUAAAGGCUGAAAGCAUGUUGAUCCUUGUAAGUAUCAUCAGAGUGGGCCAAAGCACUUUAGUUGAGAAGAAAAUCGAUGAGGACUCCUUAGAAAGAAUAGUCUGCGCAAUAUCCAUCUUGAUGGAUGAAACAGACCCAUCAGAAAAGAGUACUGAAAGGGCGCUAGUUGAAAUGGCAUUCUUGGACGCAACCAAGUCCUCUUUCAAAGUUCAGGUUGCUUUAGGCAAGAAAAAAAGCGCUAGAGCAUCUGCUCAGAACCUCAACAAAAUUGCUGAGCCCAUUGAGAAGCCCAUUCAAUUCAGACAAUUUGCUCAAGCCGGCUCAAAUAUUGAUGGCCAAGAUCCGAUUGAGGAAGAUUUAAGGUUGGCUAUCGAGGGUGACGCUGCGAAGUCAAGUGGCAACUCUGUUAUCUCAAAGUUGAAAAAGAUAGUGCCAUUGACUGGCUUUUCUGACCCAGUCUACGCGGAAGCGUACGUUACGACUCAUCAGUUUGACGUGGUCUUGGAUGUUUUACUGGUCAAUCAAACCAAGGAAACUUUGAAGAAUUUGCACGUCCAGUUUGCUACUCUUGGUGACCUCAAAAUUAUAGAAAACCCGACCCGUACCAACGUUGUGCCUCAUGGUUUCCAUAGACUCACAGUCACGGUCAAAGUCUCCUCCGCUGACACUGGGGUGAUCUUCGGUAACAUCAUUUAUGAUGGAGCUCACGGUGAAGAUGCACAUUACGUUAUUUUGAAUGAUAUCCAUGUUGAUAUCAUGGAUUACAUCAAACCGGCGAAAACUGAUGAUGAGAAUUUCCGCACAAUGUGGAAUGCCUUUGAGUGGGAGAACAAAAUAUCUGUCAAAUCCCAACUGCCUUCUUUGCAUGCUUACCUCAGGGAGUUGGUCAAAGGGACCAAUAUGGGUAUACUGACAGCUGCUGAAGCUUUAGGCGAAGAAGAUUGCAGAUUUUUGAGUUGUAAUCUGUAUGCGAAAUCCUCGUUUGGCGAGGAUGCACUCGCCAACUUGUGUAUUGAAAAGGACAAUUCGGGCCAAGUCGUCGGACAUGUGCGUAUUAGAUCUAAGGGCCAAGGGCUUGCUUUGUCUCUCGGUGACAGAGUGGCUUUGAUUGCUAAGCAGAGCAGCAAAGUCAAGUUAGCCAGGAUUUAA